AUGAUAGAGAAAAUGGAAGAACCAACUAGUGAUUCAAUGUUUUAUAGUCCAACUUUCAAAAGGUAUGAGUCAGUCACAUUCUAUGCCAAUUUGUUGAGCAUUCUGAAGCAGUACACACAAAUCAUCGACCAAUGUCCAUCGACCAUCAGAAAGUUGGUGUGGUCUCAUAUAUUUCAAUUGCUUCGUCAACCACAACGUCCAUGUGACAACAUGUUCACACCAGUCAUCAACUCGUGGCUCAACGAGAAAUCGGUGGAUCUCAUGGAUAUCGAGACAUACUUUGCUGCGUUCACUCAAGCUCAAGUAGAGAAUCCAUCGAUCUUCCCAGCCCUCCCAAAUGUCUCAGGUACAUAUUCAAUUCCAGGCAUCUCUGCACCAGCAACCAGUGUUCGUGUUCCAAAUACUCAUUUAUCAUCGAUGUUGAGUACAACCUCAUCAUCAACCUCUUCAUCAUCUUCACAAACAUCAUCACCAAUUACUCAAUCCAAUAACAACAAUAAUAAUAUUAAUAAUUUCAAUAAUUUUAAUAUUAAUAAUUCGAAUACUUCAAAGUCAAAUCAAACACCCAAUCAAACACCAAUUGGUUCACCAAAAUCACCGUUGAGGCAACAUCAACAUCAACAUCAACAACCACAAUCACAACAUCAAACACCACAACAAUCACCACAAUUACAAUUACAACAAAUUUUGACACCAUUGCCUGCCAAUCCACAACAGAACCAUCCAUCGGUUUGGAGCACCGAAUUGUCUUCGGUAUUCUCACAACUCGCUUUACUCCAGAGUUGGUCGACAGGACUCGAUCGUCUCUCGUCAAACUCACGCGAUUCCAUUUGGCGUACCUGUAGAUACAUUCAACAAUUUAUAAACUAUGACAAAACAUCAUUCGUAAAGACCAUUCACAAAUGGACGAUCGACCCAAUUCCAAAUCUUUCACACAUAACAGUGUUGUUCGCUGCCAUCGGCUAUCUCAAAGAGAUGGGUGUAAUUCGUGGUGAAUUCAACUAUACCAACAAUUUAAACUCACCUGUUUUCGCAGCACCAUCAUCCUCAAGCAGCAAUAACAACAAUCACUCUGAAACAACACCACCAAUGUCACCGUCUUCCUAUGAUCUUUCAAGUGAUAACACUCCAGACUACUCUGUUUCUCCACCGUCGUCACCACGUCAGAUUCGUUCCAACAGUGUACUCUCAUCUCCAGGCACUCCAUACUCCGACCAUGUUUCUGCUGCUGCUUCUGCUACUCGUAAAUCAACAACAUCAAACAACAACAGCAACAACAAUAAUAUUCAUCAACUCCCAAUAUUAUCGAUGAGCAAUUACUCAUCACCUGUACAUACACCAUCGACAACACCACAAUAUUUAUCACCACGUCCACUUUCAGAUGUUCCAAUCUCACCGAAAAGCAACGGACUUCAAUUACCAAGUUUGAACAUGGUAAACAACAACAAUUCAACUACCAAUACUGUCUCUGGUCUGAAGAAACGUAAAUCAAUUGAAGAUCUCUUACAAUCAUCACCAAGUGAACACCAAAAGAUGUUGAGCAAUCUUAUCAAGUUGGAACAAAAUCAAAAGUUGAUGCAACAGCAACAACAAGGAUCGAUUAUCAAUGACGACGAUGAUGAAGAUGAUAUCGAAGAUGAAACCGACCAAGAACUUCAAGAGCUGAAAAAGAUGUCGGAAGAAACCAUCAUAAAAGUCAACUCCUAUCACAACGUCUCAAGCUCACCCCUGAAAAAACAGAGAAACCUCUCUGGUAAUGCUGUAGAUCAUCACGAACACAACCACUCUGCCACCACCUCUUCAUCAGCAUCAUCACCAAACUCUGUAGAAUCAAGGUCUUCCAUUAGUUCAAUUUUAUGUUCUUGA